AUGGCCCACAGGCUGCGGGAAGUGCUUUCCAAGGUCGAACGUGAUGCGCUUAGGGAACUCAAGGCCGACAAAGACUUGGUCGUCGUGCCAGCGGACAAGGGGCGCUCCACGGUUGUGCUGGACAGGACAGACUACCUUCAAAAAGCCAAAGGUUUACUGGAGGACCGACAAUUCUAUGUCCCAUGUGCAACGAACCCUGUAAAAGCGCUGACACGCGAAAUCAGUGCUACGUUGUUGGCCUUGGAGAACUCAGGUGCAAUAACACCGACCGACAGACGCAUGGCGAGACCCCAAGAUACGGCUUUGGCCCGAUUCUAUGGCCUCCCUAAGGUGCCCAAAGACGGCGCUCCUCUCCGAACCAUCGUGUCGCUCAAAGGUACUCCAACGUACGGACUGGCUAAGUGGCUGUUCCGGUGUCUCAAGUUCCUGACCGCUGAGUCAGACACCGCGGUCUCUUCGUCAGCAGAAUUCCUGGAGAAACUCAAAGGGGUAAGUCUCCAUCCAAAUGAGGUCAUGGUACCUUUUGAUGUUACAUCCCUUUUUACUUCUGUUCCCCAGGACCUGGCGAGCGAGACAAUCGAGCUGCUUCUACAAAGCAAAUACGAUGAAACGGAGAAUCGUCUUGGACACGCCCAAGUCCUUCAGCUCCUGAAGUUCUGUCUCAGGACGUACUUCACGUUCGACGGGACAAUCUACGAACAGGUGAAGGGCACACCAAUGGGUUCGCCGAUUUCGGGGUUCAUCGCCGAGGCGGUCCUGCAACGGUUAGAGUCGCUGGUCUUCCAACACCACAAACCGGAGUUCUGGGCCCGGUAUGUGGAUGAUACCUUCGUCGUCAUCGAUCGGGAUCAACUGUUGACAUUCAAGGAACGUCUGAAAGCGGUCUUCCCGGACAUACAAUUUACGAUGGAGGAGGAAGAGAACAACCAGCUGGCCUUCCUGGAUGUCCUCGUAUGCCGCAAGGAUUGUGGUGGACUAAAGACCAAAGUGUUCAGGGAAGCGACAAAUACGAUGCAAGUACUGAACUUCAACAGCAACCACCCAAUCAGUCACAAACGCAGUUGUGUAAGGACGCUCUAUCGGCGUGUCGAAACGCACUGCAGUGAGCCGGAAGACAAGAUUGCUGAACUACAAUACUUCCGACGGGUCUCCAAAGCCAAUGGCUACCCGCGCAACUUUGUCAACCGGUGCAUACGCAAAAUGGACGAAAGGCCUAACCGCACGGACAACAAAGUUUGGCGAGCGCUUCCAUAUGUCAAGAACGUUUCGGAAGCUGUUGGCCGCCUUCUCGCACCACUUGGUGUUGGAGUUGCACACAGGCCGGAGGCAACCAUCAGGCGUCAGUUGAUGAAACCAAAAGACCCACUGCCAGGGCAAUAA